CUCGACUCCCCUCCCCCCUAUAGUGCGUGGGUUUAAUAGAGUGAGUCGAGUGCGUAUAAACUUAGUCAGCAAUUAAUGGCGCUCGAACGCGUACGAGCAAUUUACGUUGUUGUUAUCCUCUGUUUCUCUGCCUUGGGAAGUGCUACAAUUUGUAGUAAUGACGGUGAAUGUCUUGACGACCAGUCCUGCUGUUCGGAUAGUGUGUGCAGAAAAACCUGUUUUUACUGCUCCUUCGAUUCCGACUGUGGCACGGAGGAAGAGUGCUGUGAUGGCGGAGAUUGUUCGUCGGACUGUCGGACUUGGACUGAAGCUAGCAUUGCCGGCGUUGUAGUCGGUACGAUUGUGUUCUUCGCGAUCAUUAUUUCCAUCGUGGCUUGCUGUUGUUGUGCAUGUUGCCCGUUCUACCGCUAUCGUUCCCCUGGGACUGUCGUCACGUCUCAAUCAGCGACUCACCAACCGUACGUGUCGACCACCCAUAUGGCCAUGACCGCCCAACAAGUACAAGGGACAAAUUACAACCAGCCUCCACCGGAAAAUUACAACCGGCAUCCUCCACAACGGCCUCCACCGCCAAAUUACAACCAGCCUUCAACGUCAGGGUAUGAUCAGGCCCCACCGCCGUAUAAUCCAGAUUAUCCUCGGCAACUAGUCCAGUAUCCUCCUCCUCCAGCACAAGGCCAACCUGCUAUGCCUCCUCCAGUCACGGACAGAGAGCCCUUCGAGUACUGCUUAUAGCUUGUUUUCAAGGAGCGAACCUUGCAACAGUGUUACCAAGGAUGUGAAUAAUUUUGUGUUUUGUAGUGGUCAGUGUAAAACGCAGACUGCAGACUGACGGGUCUAAAUUAAAUACAGGUCACAUUCCACAGAUCAAGAGUACAGGUCACUGUGCUAAAAAUAAAUAAACAGCACCAAGAUUCAGUCUCCUAGCCCAAAUAUAUAUAAUCACAAAAUGUUGUUUUAGAAAAUGUUGUUGUUUUGGGGAUAGUUAUUCAUCAAAAGAGUAGGGAUUUGUACUCU